GUUUUCCUAUAACGUUUCAGGAUUGGUCUAUAUUUGGCCAACUAUAGCUCGACAUUUUCAGUGAUCGCUCGUGCCCGGGCAGACGCGGUCGUGUCUGAAGUUAUAUCGAUUUAUCGUCAACGCCUCUUUACUAAACAAAUGUAAUAUGACGCGUAGCACUUAAAAUGUCCUCUUCACUACCGACAUGAAUAAACACAGUGCAAAUAUAUCGAUCCGGUUACAUAAAUGCUAAUAAAAGUGAUAAAUAUACGUUUGAAAUCCCGGACUACUUCUAGGAUCUGAUUAGAAAGAGAGAGGUGCACGGAAAAAGGAUAGAUUGAUGAACGGCGCCCACUUGUGUUUUAAUAAAUUGAUAAUUAAAAAAAAAGAAACCAAAUGUUUUUCCUUUUGAAAUUUAAAAAAAGUUUAAAGAAUGUGAAAAAACAGUGAUUUCUAAUUAUUAUCCGACUUCGUGCCUCUAUUUAUCUAUUCGGAUUCCUGCCUUUUAGCCAUCCAUAAAACUCAAAUAAUACAAAUUAAAUAAUCUCCCGCCAAUCUAUGGCCUCGAACUGUCAAAUUGAAGAGUUAAUCCAGCUCGCCAAAAUAUUAACAUAGAUUAAAAAUAAACGUCAGUGAUAAAUUAGAUAUAGUGUUGUCAGUAUGUUGUGAUUAAUAGUGUUGUUGUUAAAAAUAUUUAGUGAAGAUGGCCACUCCUCCGGAAUCACCAGUUGAAGAACAUGCGUACGAAUUAGAACCUAGCAGAACGCCGAAACCGAUUCCAGUUGCAUUGGAAGAGUUAUGCAGACAGACAAAAUUCUCAAAACAAGAAAUCAGAGUUAUGUAUAGAGGUUUUAAGACGGAGUGUCCAGAAGGUGUGGUCCACGAAGAAUCAUUUAAAGAUAUUUAUGCCAAAUUCUUUCCACAUGGAAAUUCAGCACUGUACGCGCAUUAUGUCUUCAAAGCGUUCGAUGUUAACUGCAGCGGGGCAAUCAGCUUUAGAGAGCUUCUCGUCACACUAUCCACGCUACUUCGAGGUUCGGUAUACGAGCGUCUACGCUGGGCGUUCAGGUUGUACGACGUGGAUGGAGACGGAGCCAUCACACGACAGGAACUUGCUGAAGUUGUGGUAGCUGUUCACGAGUUGUUGGGCAGACGUGCACCGCCUGGCUCGCCUGCUGCUAGACUGGAUGAUGCUAAGGCUAAUGAACAGGUGGACAGGGUGUUCAGGAAGCUGGACCUGAACCAGGACGGCGUGAUUACGAUCGAGGAGUUUCUGGAGUCGUGCCUCAAGGAUGACGUCAUCACACGUUCACUGCAGAUGUUUGAUACGGGGCUAUGACGCCAGACUGACCCAGCGCACACGCGCGUUGCUGCCAGGAGUGUGGUGAAGCGCACAGCGUACUGCCGCUGUCGCCGUGAGCGGAGUGGCGCGGCGUGGCGCGCGGCGGCCGCGCUGGCGGAGUGCGCGCGCUGCUUUGCCGCCUUCGACCACUUCUACCGGCGCGUGCUCAUGCCCAAAAUAAAAAGCGUCAUGUUUUUCCAUUUCUAGGUUAAUUACGUCAAGAAAACGCGGGAAAUCAACGUACUGUCAGCUGCUUUUUUUUUUGACCUUGUGAUUUUUUUUAAUUGUUCGUUUUGUGC